AUGUCAACCGAAUCCAAACCUCCCUUUCCGCCCUUCACACGGGAGACGGCCCAACAAAAGGUCAAGACUGCCCAGGCCGCCUGGAACUCAAAAAAUCCAGAGUUCGUCCAGUUCGCCUACACACCGGAUUCCAUUUGGCGGAACCGCGACACCUUCCUCCAGGGGCGCGAGCAGAUUGUCGAUUUCCUCACGAAAAAGUGGGCAAAGGAAAAAGAGUAUCGCCUACGAAAGGAGCUGUUUGCGUUCACCGAUGACAAGAUCGCAGUGCAGUUUUGGUAUGAGUGGCGCGACGAGGCGGGCCAGUGGUGGCGGACGUACGGGUUGGAGGACUGGACGUUUGCGCCCAACGGGUUGAUGAGGAAGAGGCAGAUGAGUGGGAAUGAUGUUAAGAUCGGGGAGGCGGACCGCUGGUUCCAGGAUGGGGUCGACGUAGAUUCAGUGGAUAUUAGUGAGAAGCAUUGGUGA